ACGCAGUGCCUGGCCGGGCUGCUGUCACCCACACAGAGCAGCUGCUGUUAGUGGGGAGGAGCAUGCGGAAGGCUGGUGCUGCAGUGUCCCAGGAAGCUUGUUCACCGGCAUAGAUCAGUUAACCGAUUCAGGAAUGUUGCUGGAUUAUGACUGCAAUGUAGACUAGCUGUCAUUGUACUUGCUAUGAUCGCUGCACCUAGCAGUCCGGGGGAAAAGGCGAAGUGAUGGCUACAAAGUGCCACGAAAACUGGAUGGGUGCACUGCCGGUGUGCCUAAGCACAUUGCCACUGUCCAACUUGGCAAUACCAGGAUCACACGAUUCAUUCAGCUUUUGGGUUGAUGAAAAAUCUCCAGUUGCACCAGACCAGGCAACAUCAAUCAAGCGUUUAGCUAAGAUCUCAUUGGUGAAAAAGCUGAUGAAGAAAUGGUCUGUGACUCAGAAUCUAACGUUUAAGGAACAGUUGGAGUCUGGUAUUCGCUAUUUUGACCUUCGUGUAUCUUCAAAGCCCGAGGAGGCUGGAAGGGAGAUUUAUUUCAUACAUGGCUUAUACGGAAUAAAAGUGUGGGAUGGACUAAUGGAGAUAAAUACUUUUCUAUCAAAUCACAGCAAAGAAGUUGUUUUGUUGGACUUUAACCACUUUUACGCAAUGGAAUAUGACCAUCACUUAUAUCAUGUAAAUAAGAUGCAUGACGUAUUUGGAAGUAAACUUUGCACAACUGAUUGUGUUGAAAACAUCACAUUACAGUACCUAUGGGAAAAGAAGUUUCAGGUUUUGGUUUUCUACCAUUAUCCCAUAUGGAAUGAGUACCCAUUCUUGUGGGCAGGAAAUAAAAUGCCAGCCCCUUGGGCCAACACAACCAAUGUACACAAGUUGAUUCAGUUUCUUGAGACAACACUUGGAGAACGCUCUAAGCGGGGGACGUUUCAUGUAUCACAAGCCAUUCUCACGCCUCGAGUAAAAACCAUUGUAAGAGGGCUGAAAUCUGGAUUAAAGAACACACUCGUCCACAGGAAUCUUCCAAUGAUACUGAGUUGGGUGAAGAUGCAGAAGCCAGGAGCUAUGGGGGUUAACAUCAUCACGUCAGAUUUUGUGGAACUGGUUGACUUUGCAGAAACAGUUAUUGGACUAAACUAUCUGCUACUAAGAAGCAAAAAAGACAAAGACAGAAGCUAAAAUUUCUAAUUUGAAUCCUAUAUCAUCAUUUACUUGCCAUGGGAUAGGGAGUACAUAGGUCGGACUACAAUGCUUCUUAAAAUAACUUAUCACUGACAUUCCUAUUUUUUUUGUAUUUUUUUUUUGUAUGUCUACCUCUAUUUUCAGUUUGCCUAAUUUAUUAAUAGAUGAAGGGCUUCAUUCUGAAUCUUUAGGUUCUCAAAUUCUGUUGAAGCACACGUGAAGGUGUGAGCAUAAAUUCUCUUGUAACAAAAUCUAUACAUUUAUUCUGUAAAUGCACUAAACUGCCAGACUAAGAGGAUUUGCAGAGAUGAAGGCACGGUUUGUAGUGAGAAGGCACCGUUUCUCGUGAUGAAGCCACGGUUUGUAGAGAUGAAGGCACGGUUUGUAGGGAAGAAGGCACGGUUUGUAGAGAUGAAGGAAUGGUUUGUAGAGAUGAAGGUACGGUUUGUAGAGAUGAAGGCACGGUUUGUAGAGAUGAAGGCAUAGUUUAUAGAGAUGAAGGCACGGUUUGUAGAGAAGAAGGCACAGUUUGUAGAGAUGAAGGCACAGUUUGUAGAGAUGAAGGCACAGUUUGUAGAGAUGAAGGCACGGUUUGUAGAGAAGAAGGCAAGGUUUGUAGAGAUGAAGGCGCGGUCUGUAGAGAAGAAGGCACGGUUUGUAGAGAAGAAGGCACGGUUUGUAGAGAUGAAGGCGCGGUCUGUAGAGAUGAAGGCACGGUUUGUAGAGAUGAAGGCGCGGUCUGUAGAGAAGAAGGCACAGUUUGUAGAGAUGAAGGCACGGUUUGUAGAGAUGAAGGCACGGUUUGUAGUGAUGAAGGCACGGAUUGUAGAGAUGAAGCAGAAGGGCAACAUGCAUCUGCAGUGAUGGGACAGCUUGUAAACGUUUUAGAAUGUUAUAUGUUCUUCGAUUCAUGUGACUUAAUUGUGUUUUUUAUAUUUAUCUAUCAUAGAAAAUGGAAGGAACCUGAACAAUAUAUGGUGCUUAGUCAUUGAGACUAGAGAUGCUACAUGAUCCAUUACAUCCAAGGAUAGCAUCCAUAUGGACAUAGCCUACAUUUAAUUGUUCGCAUACUAUAUUCAUCAAAAAAGUGAAUAUUGGAUCAAUGACUCAAUAAAGAGAUGAAAAAGUCAAA